AUGGCUGAACCUCGUCUCUCCCUCAACAGUUUCGUGGAUUUGAUAGAAGACUGGAUGUGGUUCGUUACUGUAUGUUACCUCCUUCGGAUCCUUCAAGGGGUUGGUUACGCGUUCUUUGCCACGACCAUCUUCGCCCUCGUCGCCCACUUCUUCCCCAAAUCCAUGGGUACUGUUCUCUAUAGCGAUUUUCGUACAGUGAGAGACUUUCAGUCUGUGGAUCUUCCACGGAUGAAGCCAUUCUUCUUUCACAUGGGCUCGUGGGUAGUCUGCGUCGCCAUUAUCGUCCUCUCUUCGGCCUUCGCCUUCUUCUAUCCCGUCUUGCAACCGCACGUGGAGGCCGUUUUCGGAAUGACCGAAAGUACCACGGCCCUCCUGUACCUGGUUUUCACGGGUUCUUACGGUGUAACCGGGAUUCUUUCCGGUUAUAUAGCCGAUCACUUCGCCAAAUGGAGGAAGGCUCAGCUGGGAAUCGCCUUCCUGGCUAUCGCCUUCUCUUUUCUCCUUCUAGGGCCUGCCUCUUUUCUUCACAUUCCAAGGUCACUGGGGCUUCUCAUCGGGUCCCUCGUCCUGACUGGAGCCAGUUUGUCUUUCUCCCUCAUUCCCACAUUUGGAAUCAUCAAUGAGGAGGCCAGGCUCGCAGGAUACGAUGAUAACAUCGGGACGGCGAGUCUCAUGUCCGGCAUGUGGAACUCCAUGUUUUCACUUGGGGAAGCUGUUGGUCCAGCAAUAUCGGGUGCCCUGUACGAUGUCUCCGACUUCUCCACGGCUGCCAUCGUCUUCGCUGGGAUCUGCUUCGGGACUGGUGAUGGAGAGACUGAAAAAGGAGUCAUGUUAAGAGAAAUACGGCUCCUGAUGCACACCUACCAGCCCGAAUCCAUGCUCAUCCGAAUUGUUAGCCUUCCUUCGGCUCUUUCGUCUCCCCACCUCCUCCACGGAAAACCCUUCUCCAAAUCCAAAACUUUAUUCGCCAUAUCCUCCUCCUUUAGCUCCAUUGUAUUCCCUUCUCCUCCAGCUCUGCCGCCAUACUGA